ACCUGGUGCUGUUAUGAUUGUACCAAUCAGGCGUCUCACGAAAUAUGCAUUGAUUAUAAAUCUAUUUUCAAUAAGUGAUUAGUACAGUGAUUUCGUGGAACAUAAUCUAUAUAUAAGCGAUCCUAAGAAUGGGAGAUCAAAUCGAAGAAUUGGAGAGCUCCGAGCUGGGCACCAAAAUCUACUGGGAGGCAAGUUAUGAAACGGAAAUACGAAACUACCGGGACCACGGUGAUGUGGGGGAAGUAUGGUUCGACGAGGACAGUCAGCUUCGAAUAAUCAGAUGGAUCAGUCAGCAAGAAGACCGGAUUCAACAGGACGUAUCAAUUAUUGAUUUGGGUUGCGGAAACGGAAUGAUGCUGAUUGAGCUAGCCCGCGAAGGCUUUUCAAAUCUAACAGGUGUAGAUUAUUCCCCGAAAGCGAUAGAGUUGGCUCAGUCGAUUGCUAAGGAUCAGGAAUUGGAUAUUGCUUACAAAGUAGUGGAUCUCUUGGAUGAGUCUGAGGUGGCGGGCUUGGGAAAAUUCAACGUUGUCCACGAUAAGGGAACGUAUGACGCCGUUAGUCUGCAUCCAGACGACUCCAAACGGAUGAGAGAAACGUACAUCAAAAGCGUGGUGCAGUUGCUGCAUGACGACGGACUGUUCAUUGUUACUUCCUGCAACUGGACGCAAAAGGAGUUGGUGCAAAGUUUCCGGAAUCAGUUCGAUUUGCAUGUGGUCAUACCUACUCCGACGUUCAAGUUUGGUGGCACAGUGGGGAAUGUUGUUACUUCCGUUGUAUUUGUUAAGAAUAAUAAAUAAAUAAAAAACUUGUGGAGCUAAUGUUUAUUGUUUCAACUA